AUGGCUUUCAGCUUCUCUAAUGCCGCCGCAAGUGCCUCAUCUGCGGGCUCCGCUGGCCUUCAUAUGAGCGACGGCCCAGAGUUGCAAGAGAUCCAGACCAACAGCAUUGGCUUCUCUGCCCUUAAUGGCGAGGCCAAGGUCCAACUUCUUCCAUCUCCAUGGCCUUUGGACGACCUGCCUGCGCCCUCAUCAUCACUGCUAUCAGUGGCAUCCUCCAGAGGCCUGCUCGCCGCUGCUGGCCCUGAUGCUCUUUACGUAUUUUCCACAUCCCAGGUUCGAGAAACCUUCCAAGCACCCGAAAGUGGUCAAGGGCGUACCCUCGAACCAGAUAUCGAAAUCCCCAUCUCUCGAUUGUCACAAGUUGCGUUUUCCUCCGACGACAGCGUCCUCGUCGCAUCCACCGAAGCACAGGGUGGUGUAUUGGCUUUUCAAGUUGAGAGCCUCAAGAGUGGGAAUUUGGAACCUGCGGUGACUAUUACUACAGAUGGCCAAACCCUCAGAGCCCUUGUGCCAAAUCCAGAUCCAGCAUCGCCUGGGCUAUUUGCUCUUGUCACUUCCAAUGGAGGCUUGAUGCUUGCAGAUCUUAAAGCAGGUAGUCUGGCUUCAGGUUCCAAUGGCACAGUCCUCGCAAGUAACGUCAGCUGUGUCUCUUGGAGCAAUAAAGGUAAACAAUUGGUUGCGGGCUUGGCAGAUGGCAAUGCGUUACAGUUGAAGCCUGAUGGCAGUGUUGUCGCAAAUAUACCCAAAUCAACCUCCAUCCCUACAGACGUCCAUGUUUCCGCCAUUUCGUGGCUUGAGAAUGAUACCUUCUUUAACAUAUACACUCCAAACAGUACGAAUGACGGCAACCAACCAUCCGAGUACUACAUCAUCACCCGGGAUCCAAAGCAAUCGACGUUCACUUUCGAGAAGCUACCCGAGGUCUUGUUACCUUUUGGUAUGGAGCGCCUACCCUCUGCGCAUUUCAUAUCAAGACUCAGAGGGUUUCAGCCAAGUUUGCAGGAACUCCUGCUGUUGACAGCCACAAGCUCAACCGACGUGGGCCUGGUAACUAGAACAACCAAGCCCCUGUCAGAAGAGGGUGUUGUGGCCCCAGCAUUCACCACCACCAUGAUCGAGGAGGACACACGACGUGCACAACUACCGAUAUCUUCUGACCAACAAGAUACCUCGCCAAUAGGCAUGGCAAUCGACCUUUCGAGUACGGAAAAGGUCCCAAAUCCCAUUCCAUCCGACCCAGAAAUCCUGGAAACUACAGGUCCCGUCCCGAAUCUGAUCAUCUUGAACAAUGAAGGUAUACUGGUAUCAUGGUGGGUCAUUCAUAAUGAUUCAGUACGGGAGAAGACUACAUAUCCUGGUUUCGCUACUGUCGAGGCUCUUCAGCAAGGAGUAACUAGUAAGACCAGCACCCUUUCCCAAACGCCAGCAGCACCCCCAACAACAGCGACUACCAAUGCGAGUCCAUUUGCGAAGCCUAGUUUUGGCGCUCCUUCUGCCCAGUCAACCUUUGGGAACAUCACGACCCCGGCUUUUGGCACUUCCUCCCCUAUCGGAUCAGCGAAGCCGUCAUGGACAUCAACAGGCUUUGGUUCGGGAACGGGAACGGGAACGGGGACGGGGACAGGAACAGGUGCUUCUAGUGCACCAAGCUUUGGUCAAACAGCCUUUGGUGGUACUUCUUCACCAGCUUUUGGUUCAUCCAGUGCUCUGGGUAAACCCUCAGUCUUUGGCCAAACGGCUUCCCCAGGCAUCGGUGCUUCCACAUUUGGUCAACCUUCACCCUUUGGGUCCAAUGUGAAAGCCAGUCCUUUCGGUGCGGCUGGUGCAACGUCUACACAAUCUGGCUUUUCAUCUUUCUCCAACGCGAGCGGACUCUCUCCAUUCGGGGGAGCUCAAGCAGAUCAGAACUCCAAGAGUCCAUUUGGCACAGCGUCUGGAAAGAUUGGAUUCGGACAACCAUCAUCAGGAAAUAUCUUUGGUGCAAACACGGCUUCCACGUCUCCAUUUACUGCCGCCAAACCGAUUGGCUCGACGGGAUUCAGAGGCUCGAGUGGAGCUUUCAAAAUCCAGUCGUCGUUCCAAGGGGAUGGUAGCGCAAAGGAUGAUGGACCGAAACCAGAUCAGCUGAGUGGAUUUGGUUUCGGAACCUCUUUGGACGACAUGAUCAAUGACAGCAACGAUGCUCUGUCGCCCACUCACGAUCGAGAAUCAGAGAUGGGUGAUGAGACCAGUAAGGGCGACUCGGAUUCUGCAAGAGGAGAGGAUGGUCCUUCCAGCCAACCACCAGGGCCACUGGUCACACCUCCUGCUACGCUCAACCAACCCAAAACUACUCCAGCUCCACCACUGUCAAAUCUUUUCGGCAAUGCGAGCAAUCAAACCACCACUCCUCUACCACCACCGACUAGUUCUGGAUGGUCUUUUGGUGCACUUCCUUCGACGACGCCGAAAGAGACGCCUGCACCUUCCCACAUAACUCUAUUUGGGACAAAAACGAGCAGCGAUGACACACCUGCGAAUGUGCAAAAGAGUCAACCAUCCAACACGUUUGAGGUGUUGAAGAAAGCGCCAGAGAUCAAACAGGAACCUCCAAGUGAUGACGAGUCCGUGGACUUGAACGCUGUGCCUGAGGCUCCUCUCCCACCAGAUCCAAUGAGCAAGCCCUUAUAUAUUGCAGGAGAUACCUCAGUUUCCUCAAUUGCAUCAAAGACGCCACCCGAUGAUGCACCAUUGCCCCCGGAAUCUCCAUCCUCCACAAGUAAACAUGAUGAUGUACCAUUACCCCCAGACUUCUUGUCUUCUGCCAAGCAAACAGAUGAAGGGCGGUUCCAGGAGUUACCUAGUGACGGCGAGGAGGAAGGAGAUGAAGAAGACUUCAGCUCAGACUUCGAAGGCAGUGGAGAGGAGGUCGCUGAAAAAUCUAGUCAACAGGAAGACGGUGUCGACGAGCAGCAGGAACAAUUACAAACAUCCCCCGAGAGCUCCUUUAAGAGUGGAGACCGGAGCGCCGAAAUCAGUCCUACUGGUGGCUUGUUCACCAAAGUGACUGCGACCAGUUUUGGCUCGAAGAAUGCUCGGCCUCUUUUUGGUGAGGUUGGACGAUCAGGACCAAUAUUCCCUCCACCAAAGCCUCACGAGAGCCCUCGGUCUCCUUCGCCGGUGAGGAACGUAUUCCCAGUUGAUGGACUGCGUGUCGAUGCAUCCAGGUCUGUUAGUGCACCGGCCCAUCCACGAUCUGUCAUUGAUCAGCGAAAAGCCGAGUAUCAACAGUCAGCCCUUGCGAUGCAAGCUUCCAGGAUCAAGGAAGAGGAAGUCGCGAAAGAGAAGGCACGGCGGGACGAAGCAAUUCGACGGAAAGCCCAGGAAGAAGAAGAACAGCUUGCUACGCUGCAGGAUGAUGAAGACGACAGAUUGAGACAAGAACUCGAGAGACCAAUAAACCCAACGCCGAAUCUUGAUGACUUUAUGACAUACCAGCCAAAGGCACCGGAAGACACAACGAAAACUGGGAUCCCUGCGCAAAUCGAGCGGCUUUAUUCUGACAUCAAUUCGAUGAUUUACACUCUGGGAAUCAACGUGCGCUCGCUAAAAUCAUUCAUGCAAUAUCAACAACCGGAAGUUACCAAUCAAUCGUGGCCUAGUGUACUCAAGUCAGAGACACCGAUGGACGCGUUGAAUGACGAAUGGUUAUUGGGUGAUAUAAAGCGUCUGCAUGAAGGACAGGUAGUUCUAUCGACUACUCUGGAGCAAGGGCAAAUCGACGGAUUCAGCGAGAAGCUGCAGCAAUGCCAACAACUUCUUGGUCACAAUUUGUUUGAACUCCGAGCAAAGUUGACGUCUAUCAAAAAGUCUCUCAGUGCUUUGACGAGUGAAGAUACCAGCAUGAAUGCACCACUCUCUGCAGAGCAGUCGUCGAUUCAAAACGAUCUUCGUCGAGCUUCCGCGUCGGUCCAGUCGAAGCUCGUGCAAGUGGAAGACAGUAUUGUCAUUCUUCGGGCUAAGCUCGCCGAGACUGGCGCAUCUGAGGUGUCGAAUCCAAGAUCUAGCACAUUCGGAAGAACACCGUCUCAGAGAAAACCUACAGUUGAAGCAGUGACAAAGACAGUCGGAAAGAUGAUGGCCAUGGCAGAACAGAAGAGUGCAGAUAUCGACCUACUUGAGAGCCAGUUGAAGAAAUUGGGAUUGUCGUCAACCACCGCAUCGACUACCACUAAUGGCGAAAGACUCAACGGUGGCAAUGCCAUUUCAACGCCACAAAGAUUGCGUCGCUCGGUCAACGCGGUCACACCAGCAAGCGCUGGCAGUGUUUAUCAAACACCAGAUUCGAAGUUUUCGAGUAGUGUCCGCUCACAUCGAGGAUUCCGGGCUAGCCAGAAUGGUGGAUCUGUGGUAUUCUCGUCUGAGGAUCGGGAACGAUGGCAGGCACAAGCGCUUCGCAAGAAGGAGACGGCUGCAUUACUCAAGCGUGUCUUGAAUGAAAAGCGAAAGCAAAACGCUAUCAAGACCUGA